AUGUUCGCUAAAAUUAUUGUUUUCGUGGCUCUGUACGCCGUGGUCUACGGUGCUGCUCUGCAGGAACCCGAACCAGUGCCUAUCCUGUCUCAGGAAUCUGACAUCUCUCCCGAUGGUUCGUUCCAAUGGAAAUACGAGGCUGGUGAUGGUUCCGGACAGGAACAACAAGGGCAGCUUAAACAGAUUGGUGAAGAAGCCGGUCAAGCUGUCCAAGGCUCAGUCCAUUACACCGACCCAGAGGGUCAACAGCAUCAAUUCAGCUACGUAGCUGACGAGAACGGUUACCAACCUCAAGGUUCCGACAUUCCCCAAGCUCCAGAAAUCCCCGCCGCCAUUGCCAGGGCUCUGGCAUGGAACGAGGCCCAUCCAGAAGAAGCAGCCGAACAGAAGCCUUAG